AUGUUUUCUAAAUCAGCUCGCUUAGUCAAGCAGGUUAAGGUGUCCUUACCAGUGACCCCAAUGGCCUCUAGAAGAUUCCUUCAAACUGCACCCAAAUUUAUGGGCGCUGCUUCUAUCCGCAACCCACGUCUCAUUGCCCCCAGGUCUCUUCAGUUGAUUAGAUUUCAAUCACAAACUGUGAAAGUUCCAGAUAUGGCCGAGUCUAUUACAGAGGGAACCCUGUCACAGUUCUUAAAGAAAGUAGGUGAUUAUGUGGCUGCCGAUGAGGUGGUUGCUACCAUCGAAACGGAUAAGAUCGAUGUUGAGGUCAAUUCCCCAGUGGCUGGUACCAUAACUGAACUUUUAGCUGCCGAGGAAGAUACCGUCGAGGUUGGACAGGAUCUGUUCAAGGUUGAACCUGGUGCCAAACCUGAAGGUGCCGCCGCAGCCCCAAAAGCUGAAGAGCCUGGUGAGAAGAAGACUGAAGAGGCAGCCCCAGCUUCAUCUACGGAAAAGAAGGAGGAACCCCCUGCCGCAGCUUGGGCCCCUCCCCCAAAAACUGCUGAACCAGCAGCUCCAGCAAAAAAGGAAACUCCAAAACAGACUAAGGAGGAGACUUCUGCCCCAAAAGCUGGCACUUUCUCAAGAAAUGAAGAGCGAAUUAAAAUGAACCGUAUGAGACUACGUAUUGCAGAGAGACUAAAGGAAUCUCAAGACACUAACGCUUCCUUGACUACUUUUAACGAGGUGGACAUGACCUCCUUAAUGGAAAUGCGUAAGUUGUACAAGGAUGAAUUUUUGGAGAAGACUGGCAUUAAAUUCGGAUUCAUGGGUGCCUUUUCCCGUGCUUCCGCCCUUGCCGCCAAGGACAUUCCAUCUGUUAACGCUGCAAUUGAAAACAAUGAUACCAUUGUCUACCGUGAUUACAUGGACAUUUCCAUUGCCGUGGCUACUCCAAAGGGACUUGUUACGCCGGUGGUACGUAACGUCGAAUCUUUAUCUGUUUUGGAUAUAGAGAAAGAGAUCUCCAAUUUGGGUAAGAAAGCUAGAGAUGGUAAGUUAACUCUAGAGGACAUGGCCGGUGGAACCUUUACAAUCUCCAACGGAGGUGUAUUUGGCUCGUUAUACGGAACACCAAUCAUCAAUAUUCCUCAGACUGCUGUUCUGGGUCUACACGGAGUUAAACAGAGGCCAGUUGUUGUUGCCGGAGGUAAGAUUGAGGCCCGUCCAAUGAUGUACCUUGCUUUGACUUACGAUCACCGUAUGAUGGAUGGUAGAGAGGGUGUUAUUUUCCUCAAGACGAUCAAGGAGCUCAUUGAAGAUCCACGCAAGAUGUUGCUCAUGUAA